ACAAGUGCCUUGCGGGCACUGCGAGGUCGACUAAAGGGAAUAGAAACACAAGUCCUUCCUAGUAGCACAGCACAAAUCACCAUGUUUCGCCUCUCGUACUGGGUCUUCCCCGUGAUAGGCGGCCUCGUCUGGCUGGGCAUGCUGCUCGGCAUGCUGCUGCACUGGAUCAUCAACACGGGCCGGGCAAUCUACCCGUCCAUGAGCGCCAACCAGCAGAUUGCCUACAUCAGCGACGUGGGUGCGCAGGAGCUCAAGCCGCUCUUCAUCGCGGGUUGCACCGUCACCACGGUGCUGCUGGACCUGUCCUUUGGCGCCGACCGCUGGCUGCGGCACCGGGGCCGCCUGGCGCCCAACACGACGCGCGCCGAAAAGGUCCUUUCCGGCCUGACCAUGCUCUUCGCCGUCGUCGGCACCGUCGGUCUGAUCCUGCUGAGCGUCUUCGACACGCUGCGCUACCCGCGCCAGCAUGAUAUCUUUCUGCUGCUGUUCAUUGCCGGCUAUGUGCUCUCAGCGAUUUUCAUCUGCUGGGAGUACCAGCGGCUGAGAACGCGCUACCGAGAUCAGCGGAUCCUCGGCCUCUCCUUCUACAUGAAGCUCUUCUUCGUCAUAAUCGAGAUCCUCCUCGCCAUCGCCUUCGUCGCCACCACCUUCACGCGCAACUAUAACCCGGGCGCUAUCUUGGAGUGGGUCAUCGCCUUCAUCUUCUCGGCCUACGUCUUUUCCUUCUAUGUCGACCUCUACCCCGCCGCGGCGACCAAGCCGCAGCUGCAGGUGUCGGGCGGCGGCAAGGGCGGCGGCAUGAAGGCGAGGUUGAUGACGGAAAGGGACCCAGGCCCGAGGGUGCGACAACAGCACGACUACCGCCAUGGGAACGGAUUCAACGCGGCAAGCGAGCUGGAAGACGGUAGCAGCUUCGGAACGUCAGCGACGGCGACCCACCCUAUGGCGUCGUUUGAAGCUCCUCGUGCCGCUGGCCAGGACUGGAGGCCUGACUCGCGGGGUAGACCAAUGGCGAGCAAUUUCUAGAUGCAUUUUAUUUGGGUUUCGUGGUCAGUUAGAGAGUGUAGAUCUCUUUGGGAGUAGCCGACAGGCCUUUCGGGUUAGAAUCUGGCGAUGAGCGAUUGAUACAUGUCUACAGGAUACAGCUGCAUUGCUUGGGUUAGCGGGCGUUUCGGACAUCAUACACGGA